AUGUCGGAAAAGGCCAAGGGCAUCGUCUCGCUGCGCAAGAAGAAGACGACCAAACGUCCUCAGAUCAGCGCCCCCCGCCAGAUAGUCCCUGCACAGCAGAACGACUCGACGCCCUCAUUGCAUCCUCCGCCGCUGCAGCACUCCCACUCCUCGGAUACUGCCCCUCGCAACAACAGUCAGACGAGCCAGACCAGCCUUGCCCUACCCCGUCCGAGACCCUCGCUGGGUGGUCCUGACCGUACCGCCGACCUAGUCAAGCGUCGCUAUUCGACCCGCUUCGCCAACUAUCCCCAAGAUGCCGAACGAGCUCCCUCUGUACCCAACAUCCCUGCCCACCUCGCCCAAUCGCGUCCCAAUCGCUCGCCCGACCGCCGUGGCGAACGCAUCAGAGUCGACGUCAAUGCCCUGCGCGAUCCCGACCUCCAGCCCGACCAAUAUGUGAGCAUUCUGCUGCAAGACGCCUCCGAGUCCGAUAUCCACGCCUAUCAGCAGGACCUGCGCAAGCUCAAGAACCGCACCUCGACAGACUUACAACACAAUGUCUACCAAAACCGUACCCAGUUCAUUCACAUUUCCAAUGAAGCCGACAAGCUCAAGUCCGAGAUGCAUACACUUAGAGCUCUAAUGUCCGAACUUACUGGCGUAUUGUCGCAUGCUACCUCUGCUGGCUCCAACCACGAGGACCAGAAUGCACAACAACAAAGUCGAAAGCGUCAGAAUCGUAGCAGUGUUGCUAACCUCGAAGCCUUAUGGUCCACCCACUUGCAGGCCAUGUGGAAACGCGUCGAGGGCUCUCAAAAGUUUCUUCCUGCUGUGCCAGGACGUCAUAUCGUAUACGAAUCUGGCCGCUGGCUAGAAUUGAACGCUGCCACUUGGAAGCCCCGUCGGCGUGUUCAUGUCAUCCUCCUCAACGACCACUUGCUCUUGGCUAGUGAAAAGAAGCGUUUUGAUCCUCCUGGAAUGAACUCCAGCCCCCAGAGUAAACGUGCUUCGGUCUAUCAGCAGGCUCAGACACAAACCCAACUCGUCGCCGAGAGAUGCUGGCCUCUUCAAGAUAUUCAAAUGACUGACAUAUCCACACGUGCUUCUGAUGAUCGACAUAAUAUAACCACUGCCCUCAACGUGCGCAUUGGGAGCGAGUCUUGGACAUUGGCUUCAUCCAGUGCGUCCGACGGCGGCACAGAGGUUAAUACCUUGCUCGUCCAUUUCCGUAAAUCGGUCGAAGAUCUUCGCAAGACCUUGGCUGCAGAUCAAGACCAUCGGGAUCGCGCCAUGGAUGAACUUGCUUUCCUGACAGGCCAAUCUCGAUUCUACAAGAAAGCUUCGGCUCAAAGCACAGAUAGCACCACGCUAAAUUCUUCCUCAACGCUCAUCGACGUCGACGGCAAACAGCAAACUCUACGUUGGGUCGAGAACCAGGUAGACGCACUAGAUCUUAGUAUAGCAUUGCAGCAUUUUGAUGAUGCUGUUGCUUUGAGCGAAAAGUUGCGCAAGUUGGCAAAGAAUAUCAAGGGCAACAAUGUUGUUCAGGAUAUUAUCCUCUCAAAGCUAGACCAACGUGGCGCUAAGUUGGCUACCAUGCUGGCUAGGCGAUUGAAAGAUACCAACUCCGGUGCGGCCGCUACUAAGGAAAAUGUCGGUUGGCUUAUGAGGCUCGGAUUCGAAGAGUCGGCUCGAUCCACCUACCUAGAAUCUCGUAAGGAGGUUCUUCGGAAAAGAGCUAGACAAAUUCCUUUCACCGGAUCUCUGCCUCCACACCUGACUGCACUCUCCUAUGUCACGUUUGCGAUCAUUCUACAUACUUUGCGCACUUUUUCGUCAUCAUUCCCUCCGACAUCGUCAUCGGCAGUUGUCAAGUGGGCCAAAGAACGAAUCGACGAGUUCAACGAGAGCUUGAAUCGACAGCUCAGUAGCGUGGAACGAGGAAGUCCCUUGUGGAACGAGUGCAUUGAUGUCGUUCGAGAACAGGCUGCCGUCCUAGGCGAAGCCGGUGUAGAUUUCUCAGGCCUCAUUGCACAAGGUCUUACGCAGCAAACAUGA